AUGGCUUCGGCUUCUCAAAGUACCGGCACCACCGAUCUCUGGGACCGAACCCCAACAGUGACCAAACUGCAAAAGUUAAAUUCUCCACGUGUGAUUGAUAUCACCCACCAGGCAUGCUCCUCUGCCACGAUUCUGCAGAGUGGUCCUCAACUCAACGU